AUGGCAGAAUCGGCAGUCCAGAGACAUGAUGUUCGAACGACACUCAACUUUUACAAGCCAAAUGCAGAUGGGUCGCCCCCCGAGCCAGCUUACCUGGCACGACCAGAAACAUUCGAGCGUCCCUCAGAGAGCCAACAAGUGAUCAUUCAUGAUGUGUCUGGAGACGAAAACACGUACACUUUGGACAGCCACGGAUUCCAAUUUGUCACAUCUCCCAGCAAAGAGAAGGACUUUGUGGAUGCGGACCGAAUCAAGGACGUAUAUUACAGGGAAGUUGAACAGCUGCUGAAAGAAUUAACUGGCGCCACGCGUGUGCACAUCUUCGAUCACACGAUUCGAAGGCCGUCGAAGAAGGAGAAAAAGGAGACCCAGAUUAAGCCAGCUGUAGCACAUGAUGCAGAGAAGCAAGGUCCGCCUCCUCCGGGUCCGACAUACUCGGUCCACGUCGAUCAGUCGUACGAAUCUGCGCUCUCACGCGUACGAUUUCAUCUGCCAGAAGACGCCGAGAGGCUUCUCCAAGGCCGAGUGCAGCUCAUCAACGUCUGGCGGCCCAUCAGAACGGUCAGACGAGAUCCCUUGGCCGUGUCGCCAUCGGAGUGCUUUUCCGAGGACGACCUUGUCGUGGCUCCCGUCAUCUACCCUCAUGGUAACCGCACAGGAGCGACGCUGUUAGUCAAGUACACUGACCGCCAACUGUGGUACUACAAGGCACAUCAGACUCCAGAGGAGGCGCUGGUAUUCAAGUGUUUCGACAAUCGUGCGGGUGCACAUAGUGCGAAGUAUGCGAAACGUGCAGAGCGGGUGCCUCAUUCUGCCUUUGAGAUUCCCGGAACUGAAAAGGAGGAAGAGCGCGAGAGUAUCGAGGUGCGAUGUUUGGUUUUUCACGAGGAUGAUAUCGAACAAAAUUGA